UGAAACGUCAUCUAUUAUCAACAAAAUAACCACAAUAAAAUUACGUCAGUCGAUUUUAAUACGCGGAAGGAGUGGGUGUACAAAUUAGCGCGUGAAAACUGUUUUUAUAUUUACGCUAAUGAAAAUAAUGUUAGUGUGUUACAACAGUUAUUAAAAAUUUAGGAGUGUUCAGUGUUUGUUUGUGAUUUGGUUAAGUGUAAAUAUAAAUAUGUGAGUGAUGUGUUGAUUAAAAAUUUGUUUACGAUGGAUGGCAAAGUGAAGUAUUACGAAGGUUGUGGACAGGAAGGGCCGAUUCGUUGUAUAUUUUUGUGUGAAUUCCAUCCGACCGCUGGGCCGAAGAUAACAUGCCAAGUGCCAGAAAAUUAUAUAUCAAAAGAUAUUUUUGAUACAGUCAGUCAUUAUAUCAUACCAAAAGUACAACUACAGAGAUGCACAUUGACAGUCACCCUUCUCGGGUCGAAGAUCCUGGGCUUUCCAGUGAGGAUAGACAACAAAAAGUACGCUCGCAAUGCUUACUACUUCAACCUCUGCUUCGUUUGCGAUGCCUGGGCCAGGACUGUGCAUCUCGAACCUCUCGUCAAGAAGCUCACAGAAUAUCUGUUGUCAAUGGAACUGGAGACUGAAUGGCUGUCGAAGCAAUCCAUUUCUGGCGAAGCUAAAGCACUUAGCGGCCUGAUGCGGCAGGUGAUGCAGGAUAUUAAUAGUCGAAGAAUGUGUACACUUACUGUUGGUACAACCACGACCCACUUGACUGUAGUCAGGGUCAACAGUGACCCUACGCCAGUCAAAGACCAUCAGGUUCCAGUAUUCCUCUACAGCAGGCAUUCGUUCGUUGCUGAUCAAUGGGACCUAACUACAAAUCAGAUCCUGCCCUACAUAGACGGGUUCAACCACGUGUCUAAGAUCGCAGCCCUGACGGACGUGGAGAUCAGUUUGGUGCGAGCCUGUGUUCAGAACCUCGUCUACUACGGAGUGGUCACGCUGGUGCCCAUCUUUCAGUACUGUGCUGUGUACAGUGCGACCCCGAAAUUAAGGCAGCUCACUCGGUGCGCGGGGCUGCAAAGACAGUGCGUCGAAUUCUGCGCACGGACUCCUCGCCAGCUGCCGAAAGUGAGCGACAUAUUCCGAAUGUACGCGGGCAUGUCGUACGGCAGCACCAUUAGAGAUCUCUGUCGGAGGAUGAAGCCGCAGGAGCUGGCCAUCAACGAGAGGAAACUCGUACUCUUUGGGGUACUAGAAGGACUGAUUAGAAGGGUGUAUAAGUUCCCAAUAACUCUUCACAACGACGACUCAGCGUCUAUAAUAAGUGACCACAGCCAACCACUCGUGCGCACGUACAACGGCCUGGUCUGUCUCGACGAACUAUGCUGUCAAAGCGGCCUGUCAGCACUGCAGAUUGAAGAACAGCUAGAAAGAGACAGCAACGUCAUCUUCAUAGUGAAAUGAAAGAGAUGGCAAGUUUUUUGUCUGUUACUACUACAAAUGGGAGCUCUGUGAGCAAAAUGGUCAUUGGUCUUAUUAUACCGAAUGAGCCUUUUGACG